GUUGUAAGUCCCGCGUAUCCCACUUGGUCCGGCUUCCCAAUCUCCACCCUGAGACGGAAUCUUCGGGGACACCAGGAACACAUGUUUUGGAAAGUUACCGUUGCAGGGAUCCGGCCAGAAACAAAGCAGUAUAAGGCUGAAGUUCCUGCUGCAAUAUGCGUAGGUACCUGAUUUUUCAGCAGCACUAACACUCAGUGUCCACACGGCUACAUUCCAAAACACCACGCCCGCCCUCACCGACGAAUCGAGCAUCGCAAACCAAACCUCAAGUGGCGACCCCAGAUGUGCUGCUGACCCGGCAUUCCCCCAAGUUCAACUGUAUUGCAACUUGGCUCUCCUGGCCCUGUAACCAGAAUGGGCUCAGUAGGCGAGGCGAAAGCCUUCUUCAACUACCCCGAACCCCAGGAAGGCCCGGACGUUCCGUACAAGAAUGACCGGAAACCAAACCCACCGGUUCGCGGUCUCGUCCUCGUGGUCGCCGCGAUGCUCAUGGAAUCAUUCCGCUUCUUGAGAGAAAUGGUAUGGCGCAACGCUGGCUUUGGAUCGUUACGCAGGAUUACACCCUUCAUCGAGGAUUAUGAGCCGUGGUUCGAGCCAACCAUCGUCCCAUACCCAUCAUCACCCAGCACCGCCGAUAGCCCGGAAUCACCACUGCCACAGGCCCCAGAUCGCCGCCUGAGCUAUCCUAGUGCUAGGUACUACUCGGUCGAGGACUACCAUGAGUUGUAUCUCUCUGGAGAGGUGACCCCCACUGAUGUCGCCAAUGCUCUUCUGCCGCUGAUCAGGCGAGACAUCACGCCACGGGGGCCACAUUCGUUGGCAUUUUUUGACACCAAAGUCGAUCUGGUGCUCAAAGCUGCCGAGGCCUCGACGAUGAGGUACAAACAGAAGUGCCCACUGGGCCUGCUCGACGGCGUCCCCACCGCCGUCAAAGACGAGUACGAUAUGGAGGGCUACGUCACCUGCCUCGGCUCGCGGAACGACUACACUGGCUCGUCCAUCGAAGAGGACGUCAAUACCACCUGGUGCGUGCGUAAGCUCGAGGCGGCAGGAGUGGUCAACCUGGGCAAGCUGUCGAUGCACGAGUUCGGUCUUGAUACGACGGGCAACAACCCCGUAUAUGGCACCCCUCGCAACCCCCACAACGUUGAUUACUACACGGGGGGCUCGUCCUCGGGAACCGGCUACGCCGUCAGCGCAGGUCUCAUCCCGGUCGGUCUCGGAAGCGACGGCGGCGGCAGCAUCCGGAUCCCCGCCGGCAUGUGCGGCGUCUUCGGACUCAAGCCCACCAACGGGCGAAUCUCGUUCAAGCCGGGCCAGAACCACUGUGUGACCUGCGCCGUCCUGGGCCCCAUGGCGUCCGAUAUUCGGUCGCUCGCCGCCAUGUUCGAGGUCAUCGCCCAGCCGCACCCAACGUCGCACUUCCCGCCGCUGCCCCCGAUCCGCCUGAACCCGACAGCCAGGCGGGCCAAGCUGCUCGGCAUCCCCGAGGCGUGGUUCGCGCGCUCGACGCCCGCGAUCCAACGCCUGUGCCGCAGCAUGGUGGAGCGCCUAGUCUCGGAGUACGGCUACACGACCGUGGCCAUCGACAUCCCGCUCCUGCCUGAGGGCCAGAUCGCGCACGCCAUGACGGUGCUCACCGACGCGGCGACGCUCCUACCCGACACGCGCAACCUAACGGCGGCCAACAAGAUCCUGCUGGCCAUCGGGCGCGUCACGCCGUCGACCGACUACAUGCUCGCCCAGAAGCUCCGCCGCGCCCUGAUGCAACACCUGGCCCACUUAUGGCGGCGUCACGGCGGCGACAUGCUCAUCGUCACCCCGACCACCAGCUGCGCCGGCUGGCCCAUCCUCUCGGCCGCCGAGCUGCGCCAUGGCGUCUCCGACGGCGACCGGACCGUCAGGACCAUGGAGUACGUCUGGCUGGCCAACUUCUGCGGUCUGCCCUCGCUGAGCGUUCCGGCCGGCUUCGUCGCGCCCGAGGGGACGCCCGGCGCGGGAAACGAGGCCGGCGCGGGCGUCCCAGGUAGGGUCCCAGUCGGCCUGAUGGUGACGGCCGAGUGGUGCGCCGAGGAGCGGCUGUUGCAGUUCGGGCUGGAUGCCGAGCAGGCCGGCGCCGAUAGGAGGGCCAGGCCGCCCGUCUGGGUUGACGUCGUUGCUUUGGCGAAGCACGAGAGCCCCUAGGAUUUGUGCAAGUUUGGUGCUUCCAGGAAUUGGUAUUAGAAAGGGAGUUUUGUUCGACCGAUCUAAACAGGGUUUGGUACAUGUAUGUGCGUAGAUAUCCAGAUAUCCAUGGUUAGAUAGGUAGGCAAUUGUUAUAGAUUUCAAAAUGUUCGCUUGUUAUAGGACGCACCCACGAGCGGGGCUGGGGAAGACACAGCCCUUUCGACUUGGCAAGUCGCAGAGCACUAGAGAGCAUAGGUUGCUCACGUUGUACCGGUGUAAACACCAGAAUCACCAGCUGUCCUGGUACAUACGUAGUCUCCAAGGCAAAUAAGGUACCCGGCUUCAGGAUCCUCAUAUCUGUGCUCUUGAUAGCCACCACGAGACAAUACCUGUAUGUAUCCCACUGUAGAUGUCGUGUUCGCGGGGUAGCAAAGAGCCGC